AUGAUUUCGGAAUUGAGGGAAGAGGGAUUAUGGGAUUCUUUGGUUUCCGAAGCAGAGCUGGACCCAGUCUCCUCUACUGCUGCGCGGCCCUCGCCCGUGACGAUAGAGCCUUCAGAUUCUACUGAGGAGCAUGCUGUCGCUGAAGAGUCCUCUCAAACUGAGGAGACUAUUGCUGAAGAGCUUGCCUCUCUUUCACCCGAGCCGAGCAAGGAUGAUUUCCAAACUAUCAACACGCUGGAGCAGAAGAAGUACAUUCAGCUGGACAUUGAAUUCUCGGGCAAUGAAUUUGAGGGCAUGAUGUGUUUUGUGAUGUGCUCGAUACGUAAUAUAAAGCAGGAUUUGCAGGCUGUUGGCUACGGGAUGUCAAAGCGAGAUGCAAAAGAGGAAGCUUUCGGAGAGUUAGCUUCGAAGCUACAAGAGAUGGGAAUCUGGGAAGAGCUGUUACAACAGGACCAUACUAAGCUUACCGUGAAUGACGACCUGCUUUACAUGAUGCGCUUUGGGACGCAGAGUCUAAUCGAAGCGAAUGAUAAUCUUCGGUCGUUCAUGACAAUCAAGGAAAAGCGAAAUCACCGAUCGCAGAGGGAUACAGACGCACAAAAUGUGUACAGGACAAAGCGAUCUGAGCAACUAGCCCAAGCGCUUCGCAAGUUUCGCCAAUCCAAGGAUCCAAAGGUAGUGGCUAUUCGAUCUGCAACGAACAGUCUACCAGUGAACGAACACAAGGAAACGGUCCUAGAUCUUGUCAAGAACAACACCUACAGCAUCAUUGUUGCGGAGACCGGGUCUGGAAAGUCAACGCAAGUCCCUCAGAUGAUCUUGAACGAUGCAAUCGAGGAGAGCUCUGGAGGCUUCUGCAAUGUGCUUUGCAUUCAACCACGACGUAUCGCAGCCCGUAUGCUGGCUCAGCGGGUUGCUCAUGAACGACUUGAACAGAUUGGCAAUACAGUGGGCUAUAUGAUUCGAUUUGGGAUCAAGCGGCCAGCCAAAGGUGGUAGCAUCACCUACUGUACCACCGGUCUUGCUUUGAAUCUGUUACAAGAUGAUCCCAAUCUACUCAACUCGUUCUCUCACAUUAUCCUCGAUGAAGUUCAUGUUCGCGAUAUUGACAUUGAUUUUGUGAUGCUGCUCUUGAAGAACCACAUCAACAAGUGUCGAGCCUCAGGUACCCCGACGCCUAAGAUUGUGGUGAUGAGUGCGACAGUCGAUGUUGAUCUUUUUGCUUCUUACUUUCAAAAUACGGGACCCGACGGGGAGCUCUUGCCUGCUCCACACAUCUCCAUCCCUGGGCGUCAAUUCCACGUGAAUUCACAUUACCUGGAUGAGAUUAUCGAUGACAUUACCUCCAAACUCAAGGAUGACGUUCUUCAGUGGUGUUUGAAAGAGCCGUCGACACUCAAGUUCUUGCAAAAUCAUUACCGGAACUACGCUGCAGAAGACCCAGCCGACGAAGUCAAUGAUGAUCAGGAUACACCUUCACCCCCAGAAGAAUCAGAUUCGGCAAUCUCUUUGUCAAGCCCCACGGGCGUCAAGCGUGUGGACGAUGCCCCUUUUGUCCCAGCUGGGCUGAUUGCCGCCGUCACCCAUCACCUUCUCAACACAACGGAGACAGGUUCUGUCUUGGUCUUCCUGCCUGGCCUAAGUCAAAUAAUUGCUGCUGAAUCCCAGAUCAUGCAAGCCGCGGAAAUGUUGAAACUGGACUUUUCGAAUGAAGACAAGUUCAGAAUUCUGAAGCUGCACAGCAGUCUCCCCGAAGAGCUCGCUAAACUGGACCUUGAAGUUCCCAAAGGUUGUCGAAGGAUUUUGCUCGCAACGGAUAUUGCAGAGGCGUCCCUCACAAUCCCAGACGUGAGACAUGUGAUUGACUCGGGAAAGGUGAAUCAACUGAUGUACGACCCUCGGACCCGAUCUCACCAGAUGACUUGCUGCUGGGCGAGCCAGUCAAGUACCGUCCAACGAGCUGGGCGGGCAGGUAGAGUGCAGGAUGGGGAGUACUUCUUCCUUGGUAGUAAGGAGUGCUUCGACUCGCUCCGUAUCACCAAGUCUCCCGAAAUUCUUCGAAGCGACCUUCAGUCGGUCUGUCUGCGAGCCAAAUUGUCCAAUCCUUCUACUCCCAUCACCGAAUUCCUCGAACAGGCCAUCGAGUCCCCAGAAGCGGAUGACGUUGACAUGGCCAUUGAUUCCUUGAAACAAUUACAAGCACUAGAUGACAAGGAGAGUCUCACCAAUUUGGGCUCUUUAGUCGGUCAUAUGCCUAUACUACCUCCUCACCUCGCCAAGAUGGUCGCCCUGGGCGCUAUUUUCCGGUGCCUAGAUCCUCUUUUGAUUUUGGCAACAUUGGGGCGAGAAUCAAACUUCUUCUACCGAGGCAGUGAUGACAAGCAGCGUCAAAAGGCCUGGAAUGACCAAGCUGCAUUUGCGGGACAGAGUUCUAGUGAUCAUUUCAGCAUCAUCAAUGCUUUCAAGGCUGUUCGCUCUGUCUGGAACGAUCAAGGGCCGCGAGCUGCUCAAAGAUUCGCAUUCUCGAAGAACGUCUACGUCCCCGUGUAUCGAGAGGCCUUUCUCACAGCCAACCAAAUCCUGCAUCAGCUGGAACAAGCCCGAAUUAUCAACAAAUGGCUGUCAUUUGGAAAAGACCCCGAAGGCCGAUUUGGCGGGCCGGACCUGAAUGUCAACUCGAAUCAUGUCCCUCUCAUCAAAGCAUUGCUGCUUCACUGUCUAUACCCCCGGCUCGCUGCGCCCAAAACAGACUCCAACACUGUAUUUAUCACUCAGACUGAUAAACAGGCAGUUCUGCAUUCGGGGAGCAUGACUAAGAAUGGCAAAAAGCCGCCGCGAGCUCUGCUCGUUUUCAAUCAGAAAUUCUUGUGGGGAACGCCGCCGAGUAUCAAAGCGUUGAAGGAGGCCUCCAUCGUGACUCCGCUGGCAGCGUGUCUGUUCGGUGGUAAAUUGGCGGUGCAGCGCUCGUCCAUCGUUAUGGACUCGUGGAUGCGAACGGGAAUUCAAGUGAUCGACAGUCCAGCCACGCCAAAUGAAGUGAUCAAGGAUGUAAUUAAGUUGAAUGAUAUCCUGAACAAGGCUUUGACCACGACAUUCGAUUCCUACCCCAGCGAUUUCCAAACUCUGCAAAUAAAGAAGAAAAAGGGAAACUUCUUCAAGGCUCGUAACCAAUUCGUUGCAACUUUGCAACAAACCAUCAAAGACAUCCUGGACCGCGACUGCAACCCAGCUCGAGUAUCCGCGCCUGCUGCAUGGAAUGCGCACGACGUUAGUAAAUACUCGGAUCGAGCAUAG